UCGUUUGUAAGUAAGUUGUACUCUAUGUUAGAGGAUGACACAAUCGAAGAGAUGAUUGCUUGGGGUCCAAGUGGAACAACAUUCAGUGUUGCAAAUCCGGCCGAGUUCGCAAAGGUGGUGCUUCCCAAUUGGUUCAAACAUUCUAAUUGGCAAUCAUUUGUUCGCCAAUUGAACAUGUAUGGCUUCCACAAAGUGAAUCACACUUAUCAAGGUACGCCUGAAGAGGAGAUUCAAGUUUGGGAAUUCAAGCACCCCAACUUCAGAAGGGGAGAGGUUCACCUUUUGAGCGAGAUUAAACGCAAA